AUGCCGACUAGGAGGGUCAUCAAUGACUCUGAGGAUGAGGAUGCCGGCUUCAGCCCGAUUAACAGUCCGGUCAAAGGUCGUGUUGAUACGACGGUUGGCGCGAUCGCGCUGGAAGGCGAUGCAGGAGUCGAGCUGCCGCUAGCAGAUUCGACCAUCGACCAGCGGUCGACUGAUCCAGAAUUCUUCCACAAGAUAUACGAGGAGCAGCAGCAUGUUCCAGAGGCCGCACGGAAUAACAGGGUUGAGGGCAUCUCCUCAGACAAGCAGAAGAGCUCAGACCCGAAUGCUAAGAACUCGUCUUCCAUCACUGACCCGACCCGGAAGGAUUCAAGGAAGAAGCCAAAGACGGCCGUGGAUGCAAGGGACUUUGCCAGCCUUACCCAGGUCACGACUCCAAGGAAGGAUGGAUCAAGUGGCUCGCGUAUGGACGAAUUCCCCAGUAGUGAUGGAGAAGGCGGCGGCGGCGCGAGGCCAAACACAAAGUCGAGAACUACGAAGACCUACGGCAAGCGGAAGAGGGGACAGACUGCGAUACCGGGAGCAGCCAUCCCCAGCUCCAGCCCGGCACACCCCUCGGCAAGCAAUCAAGGCCUGUCGUUGACGCACACGCAGGGCGACGAGGAAGCACUGCCGAAGCCUGCGCGGAAGAAGAGGGGAAGUGGCACCCAGAAAGUCUUGGACGGUCUCGUCGAAGACGUCGACUUGCUCGUUGUUCCUAGGACCGCAGAGACCAACCAGUCUCCCGCACAACCGCAGGGCAGUAAUGAAGGCCAGGAUGUUGUGGUUCCUGACAGUCUCAAUCAGCCACAAGACACCGCGAACCAGGCGCCUGCAUCAUUCUUCAUUGCACCACCAAACCACCUCACUGUCAGCCAGAAGCAGGAAUACUUACCCAUGAGUGGGUCUUCAGAGCAUGAUGACCACGCAAGCCGCGAGAAUGCCUCGCCCUUGCCCCACCCCGAGACGCAAGCGCAGAGGCUCCGCAGCAGUGAGGCGACCAUCGCUUACACAACACCGAGCCGAUAUUGUUCAUCUGCUCCAGGGUUUCCAGAGCUUCCAGAGGACGAUGGUCGCAAUUCCUCAGUACUGACGACUUCAAUCAGUAGAAAGGCUCAGAAAAGCACCGUUCAUUACACUGCGCCCCAUUCAUCGCCGGAUGAGCUUAAUUCGCAUUCGUUGGAUAAUCUGGGACCCCAGGAGAAGCGGAACAAGAACUCGAGUGAAGUCGAUGAGUUGGCACAAGAUGACUCUUGGGAUUCCGAUAAGAUCGGGUACGCCCGAGAGCAGUAUAAACCAAGACCAAGUAGAAGAAGAUCGGGAAUCGACCAGGAUGAACAGCCCUCGCAAGCUGACACGAGUAUUGGCAAUGCGAAGAGGAAACGGCAGAAAACAGAUCAGCACCACGAUGUGGUCCAGGAGGACGGCUGGGAUUCCGAUAAGGUAGGAGCCCACCGGGAGAGCUACAAGCCCAGGCCUAGCCGUCGGAGGUCGAGGGCAGACGAGGACUUGGCGGCACCGGAACGGUCCAUGCCGGAUACCUGCCCGCCCGGCCCGGGAAGCCCGGAAGGGACGGAGAAUGCAGAGCCGAUUCUGAUCUCAUCAGGACAGCAGGCGCCACCAGAGCAAAGCGACGACAUUGAAGGGAUUGGUCCUAGUUAUCUCGCUGCGCUGCCGGAAGACCUUCGCCAAGAGGUGGUUGCUGAUCAGCUGGCCCGCAACUCGCAGGCAUCGCGGACUAGAGGUCGUGGUCGCCCGAGUCAGGGUGGCGAUACACCACAACCUAAGAAGAGAGGAAGAAAGAAGAAGGAGACAGUCAACGAGGAUGCAUCAGCCUUAGCAGAGGAAGCCGACCCGCAAGGUACUGCUGCACCAACUCCUGCAGCGGGCAAGAAGAAAAGGGGCAGACCAAAGAAGACAGAUAUCCCCAAACUACCACCGGCCCCAGCAGCUGAUGAUGACAUCUCGCUCGCAUAUGGGGUAGAAGGUGUGUCGGAUGCGGCGGAUGCAGCAGAAGUGAUACCCCCUCAGGACUUGGGAGUCGCACCUGCACCGUCAAAGGGGCCGUCGAAGAGAGGCCGCAAGAAGAAGGUCGUAGAAGAGACGCCUGCAGCCCCCGAGGAAGAGACCAUCUUUCGUGGUGGAGAAGAAGCCGUCGACGGCGACGAUCAAGAGGUCACGAAAGAAGCCAGGGCUCCUGCGGGGAGAGGGCGGAAGAGAAAGGUGGUGGAAGAACCGCCUUCAGCUGACGAGUCGGAUGAUCAUGUCGAUGGCUCUCAACGGAAGCUGGAAGUCGCCAGCGAUGUGGAGGAUUAUCCCAAAGCCGGCACAGGAGUAAAGCGCAAGGCUCUCACAGAUAUCAGCAACACUGCGUCCUCUCAGGGACCUGCACAUGAGACCGAUGGAAAGGAGAGGGCGACUCCGGAGACUGUUGUUGACAUGCAAAGAGAGGCCACACCAAAGGCCAAAGAGAAGGAGACCCCGAAGUCUGCCUCGAGCACCACCAAUCAACAGGGUAAGGUACCGUUAAGGGUGGGGUUGAGCAAGAGAUCGAGGAUCGCGCCUCUGCUGAAGAUGAUCCGCAAGUGA